CCCCUCGGGCUGCGCCGAGAGGGCCUGGGGGAGGGGCGUGGCGCGCGGUAGGAGCCCCACGGGCCUCGGUUCCAACGACCCCCUGGGUCGAGAGUGGAAGGGAGGGAAGAGGUGGGAGACCCGGCCUCCUUCGCUGGCCUCCUCCUCAGCCGCCCACUGCCUGGCCCCAUGGUCCCCGCCGCCGGCGCGCUGCUCUGGGCCCUGCUGCUGAGUCUGGGGCCCCGGGUGGCGGGGGCCCAAGGCCUGACUUCCACUGAGUCGCAGCGGGUGAGUUUCCGCUCCGGGGUCCCGAUGUCCCGCAACUACCGGACCACCCCCCGGACCGGUGCUCCCAAGAAGAUGAGGGUAACAAUGGAGGACGAGGAUGACCUCGUGGCCCGUGCCGACCGCCUGGCAGGCCCGGCCGCGGCCGAGCUUUUGGCCUCCACGGUGGCCACAGGCGUCAGAAAGUCAAUUGUGUCAUCGCCGGAGGAAGAUGAGUCUUUGGAAGAGGGGGUUGUGAUCAACGCCAGAAAGAGUAAUGUGAGCGGAGAGGCUCUCCGAGCGACUUCCAAUACGGCCAGGAUGCCCAACCCAAAGUUUAAAGCAAAUACCCAGGAGCCCGAGAUCAGGAUGUCUUCUUCAGACCAGCGGGCCAACACGUGGAUGUCCACUGAGGACUUGGUUCAUCCCGACAGUACCAUGAGCCAGUGGUCAACAGCAGGGUCCACCCCGAGACCGUGGCCACACCCCUCACCAACAGCCAUGCCGCCAGCAGAGGACCUGCGGCUGGUUCUCAUGCCCUGGGGCCCAUGGCACUGCCACUGCAGGUCAGGCACCAUGAGCCGGUCCAGGGCAGGCAGGCUGCAAGGCCUUUCCGGGCGCCUUCGAGUUGGAGCACUGAGCCAACUCCACACAGAGCACCGGCCUUGUACCUACCAGCAGUGUCCCUGCAACCGGCUUAGGGAGGAGUGCCCUCUGGACGCCGGUCUCUGCCCUGACACCAGCUGCACCACUCAGACCACCACCACCACCACCACCACUACCACUCCCAUACCGCCCCUCAGCUCUAGACUCAGACCCACCCCCUUCCUCUUCUUUGGCCCCAGCCCCAGCCCCAGCCCCAGUCCAGCCCUUGCUUUUUGGAGACGAGUCCGGAUCGGGCUGGAGGAUAUUUGGAACAGUCUGUCUUCAGUGUUCACAGAGAUGCAACCACUAGAGAGAAACCGCAGGUAAUGGCCACUUCAUCCUCAAGAGAAGGUGUCAGCAUCUCAACCUCCCCACCCUUUCAAUCCCAGAACCUACUGGAUAUUUUUAGUACAGAAGAAAUUAGAAAAAAUAUUGGUCUUGUGUCUCUUUACAGACGUAUCUGAGGGUGGAGGCCAGAAAUCUCUUCAACCUUAAAACUGAACCGUGUAGCUAACACCAUCGGGCCUGAUCCCUUCCCUUGUCCUCCAGCAUAUUUCACCCCCACCCCGUACCCCAGGAUAAAAUGUUGAUGUUGCUCCUCUUCUUCCUUUCCCAAGUUUUCAGUGAUUUUUUAAAGAUGAAAAAUCUCAGAUGAAAGCCAAGAAGAGGGAACAGGAAGAACAAGGAGGUGAGCUCUUGGAAAAGGAUGGUAGUCUUCUUAUCUUCACAGUACUUGGCCUUCUCUCCUUGGAAAGGGUGAUUUUGGCACAGAAUUCCAUGUCGGCUACUUCCUAGGAGUGACAUCAACCAUAUCUAUCCUUUGACCCAACACACACCUGUAGUGAUCACUCUGCGACUAUUUUGCUUACAUGUUUUUUAUUUGAAAAAUGUAGUUAAAAGUCCAACACAUUUUUAAUAUAAAUUAUGACUCUUGAACCCAUUGCCAUCACUCUUAAAUAUUGUUAAAGUGAUGGUAGCAUACACAUUAGAAAAGGUAGCUAAAGGCAAAAGAACACCAAAGAAGACUGUGUCCAAAGAAAAGACAUCAGAAUAAGGCUAAAGAUCAGUGUGUCCUGAGUCCACGAGCACCCCCCCCCCCCAUCUUUCUACCCUAUCCUGUUAACCCUUCAGAUUGAGUAUAACCCUCAGGCCAUUAAGCUACUUUAGGACAAGAUGAGCUACUUUCAGAGCAACUAGCUAGAUUUGAACA